AAGAACUUUAAUUCCUAAGAACAAAGCCAUUUUUAAGAAGCAAAUUGUAAACUGAAAAGCCAACAAAAAAGUAUAAUUCAGUAGCCUUAUUUUUUGCAGACAGCUGGAUCAUGGCAACCUUAGUUCUGAAGAUGUAUCAUUGCUUUAUUUUUAUAUGGUAUUUUUCUAUCACAUACUCUCUCUUUACAAUUAAUGUAACAGAACAGCCAGUUGGAGUCUUCUUGUAUGGGGGACAGUGGAAAUACUUGACGGUACUCAACUUGGUUUUGCAGACUCUUUUCUAUGCUGUUUGUUUUCUGACGGAUCUACUGAUGCCGCUAAGUGGAUUCAAACUUCUAAAGAUCAUUAUCUCCUGCAGAGAUCUUAUCUUUUCUGUACUGGCUUUUCCAGCAGCUACAUUUGUGUUUUUAUCCUUCUGGGCAUUGUACACUUAUGACAGAGAGCUGGUUUAUCCCGAGGGCAUCGAUAAGGUCAUCCCACAAUGGAUUAAUCAUGCUAUGCACACAGCUGUGUUUCCUCUGGCUGUUGUAGAAAUGGUUGCAUCUCCUCAUCGUUAUCCACCAAAGAAAAGUGGACUCACCCUCUUGGGUUUGUGUUCUUUAUCUUAUUUAAGUUGGAUAAUUUGGAUUUACUUUGCUGAUGGCAACUGGGUCUACCCUUUUCUUGGCUUACUUAGCCCAUUUGGAUUUAUAAUGUUUCUUCUUCUUAGUAAUAUGUUGGCUGUAUCUGUCUAUAUUGUUGGGGAGACACUCAAUCAUCUUAUCUGGGGACCAGGAACGUGCAUGAAGAAGAAAAAUUAACAAUUUGUUCUGAAAACAAGCUGCAAUGGAGAAAACAACCAACAUAACUAUUUUCUACAAUGUUAAGUUUAUGAGCAAUCAGUCUAACAGCAAGUCAACUCUUCAUUUAAAGGGACAUCAAACCCCGAAUUGUUAUUUAACUGUUCACACAAAACAUAUUAUUUUAAACAAUUUUCCAAUUUACUUCUCUUAUUUAUUGCUUUGUUUUCUUGGUAUCCUUAGUUGAAAAGCAUACCUAGGUAGGGUCAGGCACAGGAAUGCACUACUGGGAGUUCAUUGCUGAUUGGUAGCUGCACACAAAAUGCCUCUUUUCAUAAGUUCAUCAAUUCUGAUCAGGUAGCUCCCAGUAUAGCAUUGCUGCUCAUUCAACAAAGGAUGCCAAGAGAAUGAAGCACAUUUUAUAAUAGAAGUUAAAUUGGAAAGUUGUUGAAAAUCAAAUGCUCUAUCUGAAUCAUAAAAGAACAAAAUUUGUUUUCUUGUCCCUUUAAACAACUAAGAUACAUUUAUAAUAAAAUUCUUUGAAAAUAA